AUGUUUUCAAUGAAUAUGAUUGUUGAGUUGGAGAAAUGUAGGCAAUUGGUGGAGGAACUUCGAUCAUCCAAAUAUGCCAUGUGCAAUUUCAUGUUCCAACCCAAUUACCGAGAGCCUAGAAGUAAUGAAAAAGGGUUGAAUGGAGCACCUUCGAACCUUGAGGAGAUUCGAAAGAAACUUCAACGCAGAAAAUACUACGAUAAGGAGGAUUUUGCCGUCGAUGUGAGGCGAAUGUGCAAAGUCUACCGCGACAACAAAAGAAAUCCACGAUUGGAGCGAGAGAUUUCAAGGGAAUUUGAAGCCACAUUUGAAAGGGAAUUCGCGGAAAAAUUUGGCUGUCAGCGAAUGUCCUAUGACGAAAUUGACGAUUUGGCUAACAAGAUUAAGAAGUUGUCCAAAUGCGAUUUUGAUUGCAUAAUUAAUAUUUUAAAAAAUAAUGAACCUCAAUGCCAAGGUCUUAGUCGCCCUGAUAUUAAGAGAAUGGAUUUGAGGUAUAUGAGGGACUCAACUCUGGACGCUUUGAAGUCCUACGUCAUUAUGGUUGAAGAGGAGAAGGGAACGAGCACAAACUGCCAAAACCAACUCUCUGUUAGUCCACAAGGUAAGGAGAAUCUAGUGCUCACAGAGGCGGAACGCGAGUCCUUAUUUGAGAGGAUACUUGCCCUACCCAAUGAAGACAAGCUGCAUAUUAUUAAACUAAUUACUGACAACGAAUUUGCUUCUAUCAACUUAAAGCGCCUUAACGACUCAACUGUUCUAAAAAUGCGGGACUAUGUGUACAGUCUGCAGAGAAAAGAGGAGGAGGAGGAGAAGAGGCCAUUCUCCACUCAAAAGCUGCCAAUAUGCCGUGACGUUGAUGAGCCUGGGGAAGGUGACGAAAACUUUGGAAAUCAUGACAUGAUGGAAUGGGAGGAGAACAAACUCGGGAGUAAUGGAUUUCCUUUCAAAUCGGAGGAACCUCCUCAAAGUUUUAACGGAGGAAUUGGCAAACAAAGGAGGCGGAAACCUGAAUGCAUACUAAAGGCUCAUAAUUAA